CAUGUGGAAGGUUCGUUUGUUUGUUUACUUCGUUUCAGCGGACGGGCGAAAAUAGAAAAAAAGGAUUCGCAAGACAAAUAGCAACAGAACGACGGAUAGCACCGAAACGUACCGCUCGCGUAGUUGAGAUAAAUCCCCCAAAUAGUGUGAUCUAUGAGGUAGCCUUUGUUGCGUGCUGGAUGCGUGUCACCGUCCACACUCGAUCGUAUUGGCACGCGGGUGGGAACGCUUCCAAUGAACCCCUUCGACAUGGAACCGAACGUACACAAUAACGUACCGGACGCUUUUUGCACCGAGCGUAUUCGCUUUCGCCGGCUACGGUCACAAAACAUAGUGCAUCGGCUGAGGAGUAGGGAGACGGGCCACCGGCAUCGUACCCCGCGGCACGCGAUCCGCGAGCUGUACCAGAACGUGUACCCGAACCUAACCGUCGUCAAUGUGGAGCGGCCACCGUGCUAUCUGCGAAAGUUCAGCCCGGACGGGAAGUAUCUGAUCGCGUUUUCCUCCGACCAGGCGGCGCUGGAGAUUUACGAGUAUCAGGGCUGCGCGGCGGCCGGCGAACUGCUCAGCAGCUGGGACGACACCGAACUGAUGGUGGAUUACGAGCCCGGGUACAGCAGCGUCAUCCGGGGCAAGAUUUUCGACCAGCUGUUCAAGCUGAAGCACGUGGUGAACCUGGAGAACCACGAGAAGCAUCUGAACCGGGAGUGCAGCCUGUUCACGAACGACGGCCGGUACGUGAUCGUCGGUGCCGCUUCGUUCAUACCGGAGGAAAACCGGCCCCACUUCUAUGAGCUGUACACGAACAACGAGGUCAUCAAACCGACGGCCGGCUGCCCGCUCGAGGACUACACGCUCUACAUCAUCGAUCUGCACUUUGGGCGCAUCUCGCACGCGCGAGACUUUCGCGUGGACAAGAUCAUCCUGUCGCACAACCAGGGCGUCUACCUGUACAACAGUACGCUCGCGAUCCUGUCGAUACACCACCAGUCGAUGUACAUCUUCUCGAUCGCCGACGGGACGUUCUUUCCCGAGCGUACGAUCGGGCGGUUUUGCAGCGGCGAGGACGAGCGGUACUACACGAGCGCGUUCCUGACCGAGCGGGGCAGUGCGCCGCCGCCCCGCGCCUUCCGCGAGCCGGCGAUAAACAGCCUGAAGCACCGCAUACUGGUGUUUCUGUUCCGGCAAGCCAAGGCGCAGGUCGACAGCGGGGAGGAUGGGCUGGCGCUGCGCAAGUUUUACCGCCGGUUCGACGAGUACAAGGAUCUGCGCAUGUGGAAGAUGCAGCUGCUCGACGACGAUCUGCUGCUGAUCAAGUACGCGCACGAGGACGUGGUCACGCUGAAGGCGCACGAACCGAACAGCCAGUACUCGAUGUUCGUGGUGUACCACAUCUGGGACAUGCAGAUCGUCGCCGUGUACAGCAACCAGUCGACGCAGCUGCUCGAGCUGUACGAAAACUUUUGCGACAGCUUUCGGAACGCGUCGCACAACCACCGGACACCGUUUGCCUGCUCGCCGAGCAACAACCUGUACAGCCGGUUGCUGCACACGCGCUUCAAGCAGACGAUCAUUGGUGCGCGCGGCGGCAGCGAGGUGGAGGCAACGAAGCGCAUCCUCGCCCAGCUGCCGAUCAGUGCGCAGAGCUACACCAGCUCGCCGUACCUCGACCUCGGCCUGUUCAGCUACGACGACAAGUGGGUGUCGGCGAUGGAGCGGCCGAAAGCGUGCGCCGAGUUUCCGAUCCGGUUCUAUGCGCGCGACUCGGGCCUGCUCAAGUUUCGCAUCUACGCCGGGAUGGGCCAUCAGAUCACGCCCCAUCCGGGGCUGCGCCGGCUGGUGGCGUUUAUCUUUCACCCGACCGAACCGUUCGCGAUCAGCGUGCAGCGCAUCAACACGGACUACAUUGCCAACUUCCAUCUGCGGCACGUGCCCAGCACCAAGCGCAAGCACGCGUUGCCGCCCAAGACGUAGCCGACGGGGGGGAGGG